AGCGGUAAUCAGUGAAUAGAUCUCUAAAGUGAAGCUCUCCCCUCCACGACUUCAAUCAGAGGCCAGCCAACAUCUCUCCAUGUGCACAGGAAGGCCUGCACAAGGAUUCAGAGAAAGAAAGUGCUCCCCGAAAAGUCAAUCCCCACAUCUCCACUUGAAAAGGCUCAUAACUUGGGGAGAAUGAGUCCAAUUCCAGUUCCUGGGAACUGUGAGGUACAGUAAGUUUUAGUGAUUUGCCCAAGAUCACACAGCAGGUCAAUGACAGGUCCUGGCGAAAAGAUGCAAUAGAAGAAGCCUAUUGGGUGGGAAGGCAGACUGAAGUAUACAAGUACUUCUGCGUACAGUCCCAGUACAUGUUCUUCUCCCUCAGUGAUCAAUCAGCAGCUACAGGUCUAUCAGCAACCAGAUUUACAGAAGUGAGGUUAGCCGACUAGUGACUAGCAACUCCAAUCUCUAACCAUUAGUAGACAGACUUUGGAGGAGCCGAAGACAUUUAAUGCCUAUAAAGAGAAUGCGCACCAGGACUCUUUUCAGUGGGAAUACUUGCAAAACCACUAAGGCCCAAUAUCUUUCACUCAGGAGGUAGUGUGUUUCUUCAUUUUCCAAAGCCUUUGGAACAAAGAGUGAUUCACAUGAAUACUCUGCUUACAGGAAGACCAUCGUAUUGCGACAAGACAGGAUGAAUAUUUCAACAGUGGAAACAGAUUAUGACUCAGCAACAGAACUGAUAUACGAUUUGGCAGAGCCGUGCAAAAAGACCGAUGUCAAAGCUCUGGCUACCCGAUUUCUGCCCCCACUGUAUUCCCUGGUGUUUAUAGUGGGUGUGGUGGGCAAUUUCAUGGUCGUGCUGAUCCUCGUUAAAUACAAGAGGCUCAUAACCAUGACCAACAUCUACCUCCUCAGCUUGGCGUUUUCUGAUUUGCUUUUUCUUUUCACCUUUCCAUUUUGGAUUCACUCUGAAUUGAAGGGCGACUGGAUUUUUGGGAACGGAAUGUGCAAACUUCUUUCUUGCCUCCAUUCUGUGGGUCUGUUCAGUGGCAUCUUCAUCAUUAUCCUCUUGACGAUCGAUCGGUACCUGGCCGUCGUCCACGCCGUGUUCGCUUUGAAAGUCAGGACCGUCACCGUCAGUUUUGUGUCAAGUGCUGUCGCUUGGAUCUUAGCUGGGUUCACUGCUCUUCCAGACUUCAUCUUUCAAAAGACUCAGACGAAAAACCUACGACGGACAUGCAGUCUUUAUUUUCCACAUGACACUGCAGAGACAUGGAAAUAUUUACAGGCUUUAAAACAGAAUAUCUUGGGAUUUGCUCUCCCCCUACUUGUUAUGGUGGUGUGUUACACAGGAAUUAUAAAAAGGCUGCUAAGACAGAGGGGUGAGAGAAAGGUGGUUGUGGUCAGACUGAUAUUUGUUAUAAUGCUCAUCUUUUUUAUCUUUUGGACCCCCUACAACCUUGUUCACCUCAUUUUUGCUUUUCAAGAGUUCAUUUUUGAGAAUGAGAAUGAGUGUGAGAGAAGCAAUCAGUUAGACAUUGCCUUGCAAGUGACGGAAGUGAUCGCCUUCACCCACUGCUGUGCCAACCCCGUGAUUUACGCUUUUGUUGGAGAGCGGUUUCGGAAAUAUCUCUGCCACUUCUUCCAAAGGCACAUUGCUGCGAACCUGUGUAAGCUUGUUCCUUUCUCCCCUGGGAAAAAACUGGAGCGGACGUGCUCUGGAAUUCCAUCCACAGGGGAGCAGGAGCUCUUAUCUGAAUUUUAGAUUGGACUUAGACUGGCAACCCUAAGAAGAAGUGUCCUGGACAUUAGACUCCACUCCACUGUGAUGUGAAUAGUAAUUCUUCAGCUCAAACUUUGCUUUUCUCUAGAUUGGCUCAUCAUGACUGGACAGCAUCCAGGCCUACCUCUGGAGGAAAAUGAAGUCAAGCUGAUUAUCUCCCUCUCCUAACUUACCUUACCAAUCUCCUACAACAACCCAGCCCUUCCACCUCAGUUCCUCUAACAUCGACCUACUCCACUGUACCUUGAUCUCAUCUGUCUCGACACGGACCCCUCGCCCAUGUCCUCCCUCUGGCCUGGAACUCA